GGGAGCAGACUUUUCCAGAGGCUUCAAGUUCGGCUGCUUCAGAGCAAUUUUUCCCAGUUGCAUUUCGUCUUCCGUUCGUGUCGCUCGCGAAACAGCUGCCAAGUCCCGCGCGUGAUAGCAGCCAAAGCCCAGCCCCCUCAGCCAGCAGUGUCAGUUUGUGGAAAGUGAAAAAAUAGAAAUUUAUAAAAACAGAGAAUUCUCUGUUGACGACAAACCUUUCUAGUGAUGCUGGUCUUAGGUGCAGGAGCAAAUCUGAGGAAAUCUGUUAAUGUUUGAUUGCUCGCACUGGCAGGUACACACUAUCCGCGAUUCGGUGUGGUGAAAUUUGAAGGAUAUGAAAUUUGAUGACAAGCGUAGCUGCUGGGAUCUCUGGCGCACGGUGGAAUCGGUUUUGCGUGAGUGAAAUGGGAUUGCCCGUAAAUUGAAAUCGUCGCUGUUUCUGCUCGAUAGCGCGAACAAGAGUGAAACGGGAAAAUCGUGAGAAAGUGUAGAUUUUCCGAAGCAAACCAGUGUGCGGUCGCUGGGAACCAGAGUGAGCUUAAUUACCCGGGGGUUUUCCUGGUGGAAUCCGGGUGUGUGUGAGUGGGUGAUCUAUUAGUUUGAUAAGAGUGAAAGAGCUGUGACGUGGGAUGUAUAUCGGAAAAAUCGUAUAAGCUGGAAGCAACUAUUCCCAGACUAGGUGUGGGAGUGUCAAAAAGGGUAAAGUGGAAAAAAUGAAUGACACGGUUUACUUCAAAAGCAACUGUUCCGCUGCUGCUGCUACCGGUGGUGAAACGGGAGCGUCUGGUGGCGCAGAAACCGCCAGCGUUGCUGGCCAAACAACGAACGAACGGGUUGGUAUCGGAAGCCGUAGAACGUCAUCGUCAACAGCUGCUGCUGGAGGAUUAUCCCCCGGUGGCGGCUCUAUCCGGCGGAGAAGCAACAGCAACAGCUCAGUCAACAGGAGAAGCCAAUCAAAAAUCUCAACCCUGGUCCAGCACCGUUCCGAGCAGCAGCAGCAGCAACACUCGUCGGAGCGGACGCUGCGGGCCAUCGGACGGGUCGGACAGGCAGUCAACCUCGCAGUGGAACGGUUCGUGACGGUGGGCGAAACAAUCGCAGAUGACAAUCCAGAAAUCAAGCAGGACAUGUACGAUGCCUGCAAGGAGGCACGAGCAGCUGGCUCAUCGAUAGAGCGUUUAUGUGAUAUUGCGGCAACGGACCCGGUGGGCUACGCGCCCCGGCCUAAUCCGAUUGACGACAGAGGACCGAUGAUACGGGCAGCCCGGACCCUGCUGAGCUCGGUGACGCGGGUCCUACUGCUGGCCGAUAUUGUGGUCGUUAAACAGUUAUUAUUAGCCAAAGACAGGGUAGCUAGAACUUUAGGUAGAUUAGAAUCAGUGGCCAAUUUUACAGAAUUCGUGAAAGCCUUCUCAGUGUUCGGUGCUGAGAUGGUGGAACUGGCGCAUGUGACAGGUAACCGACAGAACGAUUUGAAGGACGAACGGCGGAGAGCACAGAUGUCCUCGGCACGUCAGGUGCUGGAACGAUCAACGAUGAUGCUGCUGACGUCAUCCAAGACAUGCAUGCGGCACCCAGAAUGUGCCCACUCCAAAGAAAACCGAGAUACCGUGUUCUGUCAGAUGCGCCGAGCGAUGGACCUUAUUCAUUACGUAGUGAAGGACGGUAUACUGGAAACCGCCAGCGAGCGGAAUGCACUGAGACAGGUUCCCGAGUGGGACUCGGAACGGGCGACGGCAUUCACCUGCCUGCGUCACUUUAUUCGUCUUAUCGAGAUGUCUCGACCGGACUACGAUCGGCGCAGUUCGGGCAGCAAAACCAGUUCUUCCAUGAUGGCUGCCGUGGGGCCACCGUCCAGCGUGAGCUCCAAAGAUUGUGUCUCACCCACCGCGCUGCGCGACAAAGAAACCGGCAUCGAGUACCGGCGGGAGCUGACACGACGGAAUAGCGAGCGCGAUCGGGACAGAAAUUCCAUUGGUCAUUCCAGAGAGUAUAGUACUAGGGAACGGGAGUUCCCCAAAUAUGACAAUAAAGCUGAAUUAGGGAUCUCAAUAUUUUCCACCGAUACCCGGGAGCAGUUGCUAGCCGCGCUGGACAAGGUUUGUGAAAAAACUCAAGACUUUACCGACUCGGCGUACACCAGCCACGACCAUCGGGAGAACAUUCUGCUCCUAUGCGAUCGGGCCAAGUUGGAACUGAACCAGCUGAUGCGAAUUGCCGUCAGUAUGGAGCAGUAUCCGAACUCGACUUUCGACAUCGAAAGUGUCGUCGAAAGCGUACUGAACGCGGCGCACGACCUGACCACGCAGCUGACGCUGACGGCGCAGGAUCAGUCGGCGGAGCUGUCGCACAUCAUCAAGUCCGGCAUUGACAUUGCCAAUUCGCUCAGGAAUAUUGCCUUAAAUCAGGAGAUCGACCGGUUGCAGGAGUGCGCCGAUCGGUUUCACGAGCAUAUCGAUCAUGUCCUUGAGGUGUGCAAACUACUACGGCAAAUAGCCCUAACGGAGACUCUUCAGGUGCAAGCCAAAUUCACCGAGAUCAACGUACGGAUCUACGGACCUCAGGUCAUUACAGCGACCCGUGCCCUGAUGACGCACCCACAGAGCAAGAUGGCCAAAGAAAAUCUCGAAGUGUUUGUCGAUAUGUGGCAGUGGCUGUCGACGGAUGUGACCGCCAUCACCAAGGAGGUCAUCGAUCUGGCCCAGACAUCGACGAAAGCCGACAAAACCACCGAAUAUCUAAGUCUUCCGAGACCUGGGAAACAUGGAACUACAUCGAAACCUCUGAAACCAACGCAGCUAGACUCCGAGGAGCAGGAAAAAAUUGCCAAAACCGGACUCGAGAUGAAGAUGGUCACGAACGAAAUGGACGCCGAGACCGAUAAAUGGAACGGGGCGUCCGAGGAGAACAAUGACAUCGUUAAAAGAGCGAAAAACAUGUCGGCAAUGGCCUUCUCGAUGUAUCAAUUCACCAAGGGCGAGGGAACGCUACGAACAACGCAGGACCUCUUCACCCAAGCCGAAUACUUUGCCGAGGAGGCAAACCGGCUCUACAAGGUGGUUCGUCAGUUCUCCUACCAGGUGCCGGCCGGGGCACCCAAGAAAGAACUCCUGGACCAUCUGGACAAAGUGCCAACCUACGUGCAGACGCUGCAGUUCCUGGUCAAGGAUCCGGCCGUCGGUAAGGAUGCCACCUUCGUCAAGGUCGACCAUGUCAUCCAGGAGACGAAGAAUCUGAUGAAUGUGAUAUCGAAGGUGGUGUCCACCUCGUUCGACUGUGCCAAUAAGAUCUACGAACUGACCGGGAUUCCGUUCGACAACCGGUUGAUAAACGUACCGACGGUCAUCCUAACCAGCGAAAGCGGCUCGAGCAAAAAGUCCACCAGUAACAAGGUAACAGCCGCAGCAGACACUUCAUCAUCCAGUGCACCCCGGCAGAAACGGAAACUUUUGCUGUCCAAGUAUCGCUAGCGAGAGGAGCCAUAACGAACAAACUCUACUCGUACGAACUUUUGUGAGAAAUGCAAUCCCAUUCCCAGUGGUUCCCGUACACGUCCACCACCGCUUCGCACCGCACCGCACCACCGCCGGUUCGGUUCGGUUGUUUGGGGACGCAACCCGUAACUAUCAACUCUCAUCCCUAGAAGAUGUGUAGCCGUCCGUUUCGAUGUGUGAUUCACUACACCCCCCUCCCCCGAUCACCUCUCAUCUAAGCUAUUAGGUAUCAUCAGCCAUGUCAUUCUAAACUAUCUUUAAUCAACUUCGUCAGGCAAUGGAAUGGAUCAUCAAUAAAGAAUCAUUUGAACUUUUUUACAAAUAAAAAACUUUAUUUAUUGUGUGACUUUAUCCGGUUCACCGUGGAGGGAAUGAAAGGGUCGGUAUAUCGUUAUCAUCGUUGGAAAUGUUUGCAAUCAACUGCUUGAUUCUAACAACUUUUCCUAUUUUCCCAAUCUCUGUUCCGAAUACUAAUAUCGGAUAGCAACAAAAUGAAAACCAUUCAAUCCUAAAUAACUUAAAAAUCUUGAGAAGACACUGACUUAUCUAAAGGCAUCUGUGUAAUUGUCAAUCUAUUUGUGCAUUAUUAAUUAUUUUUCUAAAUUGAAUGCGGGAGAGAUUUCUGAAAUUGAUUGUAUUUCUAUUACAGAAAAAAAAACUGCUAAAAUACUGGAAAGAAAGAAUUGAGACUAAGAACCUUCACUGUAAAAUUACAUAGAAAGAUCUUAUGAAAUUGUUUUGGGCCAAAUGAAAUCAGUCGCAGCGCGUACUUAGCCAGUAUGUCCGUCAAUUCAUUUCCAGUAUUUCCAAAGGGACCGAGUACCCAUCUAAGGGAGAUGGCAUUUGAGAUACUGAGUUCUUCAAUUUGUGUUCAGACAUCAGAUGGCUCGAUUUGUACGUUCCCUAUGCCAUUCGGAGAUUUGUGGCUUCCAUGUCGUCUCAUAAUUUUACUGAUGGAAAGAGAAAGGGAGGUGAAACAAAAAAGUACGGAAUUUGAAAAUGACAACAAAAUACAAUCGCAACACAAAACAGUAAACAGAUCCUUCACUCCCGACGUGGUACUCAACCUUACUGAUAGAGCUUAUAGCUUUACUGAGCAGUUACAUGUCGAAUGAUAUGAAGUUUCACAAAUAUCAGACACAUACACAAAGAUCAUACGAAUAAUACUCAGCACACUGAAUAGUAGCCAUGUGAUAAUUAAGUUUGCAAUAUUGAAUCAGUGCCCUGAGUAUAAUGCUGCAAUUUUUUUCGGAAAAAUGCAACAUUUUCAGACUCACAGCCGGCAGAUGUCAUCUUCGUCUGGUAGCUGCUGGAUUGAGGGUGAAAGCCAACUUGGUGGGGCUCUUACAGCAUGCCCUUCCCGUUGUACCCUUCCAGCUAAACCUACUUUUCGGAUACUUGUUUCGUUUACGUUCGUGUUACGUUUUCUUGUAUACCACCGAAGUUCGUCCUCAGCACCCUUCUUUCGAUCACUUCGAAUGUUUGCAGGUCUUUUUACGGCAUUGUUCACGUUUCGUGCCCAUGGAGAACCACCGCUCCAAUCAGCGAUUUGUACAUUGCAUACUUCAUGCGGUGGUGAAGCGUCCUAGAUCUCAAUGUUGUAUGGGGCCCAUGGUAACCAGAGCUUCCGGAGAUAAUGCGUCUUCUUAUCUCCCGGCUGGUGUUACUAUCCGCCGUCACCAAUGAACAUAAUUAGAUGAACUCACCAACUACAUCAAACUCAUCGCCGUCGAUUUUAAUUGUGACUAGCUGAUACUUCAGUCUGGGAAUAAAUCACUCAGCACGACUCUUUACCGGACAGCAUAUCUAUCGGAUGGCCGAAAGCUGAAAGAGAGAAAGUCAAUCUGUACAGAAGAGAAAGUCAAUCAUAAACAUCGACAAGUUUGCACCCGUGUACAAAAUUUCGUGCACGCGUUCAACCCCAAACAUGCUUUGCCUUUGUCUACAGGUUUGCAUCGAACACCGAACCCAAGCGAACGAUGUGCACACUUAGGUUUAAACACCUUGUACGUACACCGUGUGCGUACACAAGAAAGGCAUGCACAAAACAGAAUGCGUCAACGCUAGUGAUGAUGAAAGAGAAAAAGAAAAAACCAGUGUCAAGAUCCAGUGUGUACGAACACCGCGUACGUACAUGGGGUUCGGAUGUGCAGACGAACACGCGCACAUGUUUUGGUACGCAUUAGCGCGUUCGAGUUUGCACACGAAAUGUGGGUAUAAGAUGAGCACAGAACUAGAGCGAACAUGGUGUUCGAUGUUCAUUUGAGAAGACUGACUUUAAC